UUGUUAUAUUCUAGAGAACAUCUUAAUGGAGACAGCCGAAGCCUUAUUAAGCAUAUUGCAUCAAAGACGCUUGAAAUUUCGCAGGAAUUGUUUUGUUCCAUCUUCUUCAGUGACGGAAAUAUAAAGGCAAUAAAGAGAGUGGCAGCAUAUAGAAGAUGUCUUCCAAGCUGAAAAUUGCGCUGGUAAUGAGCUCUACACGGGAAGGUCGGCUUAACGACCAGGUCACUAAAUUUGUACACCACUCAAUUGCAAAGAAUCACAACGUGGAGAUCAUUGACCCAGCUACGAUAGAGUUUCCAAAAACUCAACAUUCUAUGGAUUUCCUGUUUAAUCCGACGGGAAAUAUCCCAGAAAAUAUCAGGGCGCUAAAUGAGAAAAUGAAAGGUUUCGACGCAUUUCUGAUUGUCUGUGCUGAAUACAACUAUAGUUUACCACCACCUCUAGCAAAUUUAUUCGAUAAUAUAUCACCUGCAACACUUGUAUGGAAACCAUGUGGCUUUGUGAACUACUCUAUAGGUCAGUUCGGUGGAUGUAGAGUCGGCGUGCAAUUACGGGCGUUUACAGGGGCAUUAGGGAUGAUAUCAGUGCCAAAACAGAUGAGCAUACCUUUUGCGCACGAGAAAAUCGCUCAAGACGGGACACCAGUAGACGAAAAGUUGACAAAGGAGCUGAAUUUAGUUCUAGAGCACGUGUAUUGGGCGGCAAACGCAUUAAAAAUGCACAAGACCACAGUCACGCCCCCUCCAUGGGCAAUUUGAAAAUCACUUCAUAUAUACCUUUCAUUUCUUUUCUUACAUAUUUUGUACUGGUACUUAUUCAUUUAUCCAGAUAAAUCAAAAAUGAUUAUAUUAAACCGUUUAACUGACAUUCUGUUUUUGAGUAUCAUUCAUUAAAC